GUGAUUGCUGUUGAAGACCGUUGGCGCUGACGCAUUUCGAAAAUCGAACUUAGUGUUUUUAUUUUUUGUACGUUUGGCCUGUUGAUUGGGCUGGUAUUGCGCGUCAAGAUGGCUGGUGACGGUCAGAGGUUUUGCCUAAAAUGGAACGACUUCAGAAACAGUGUAACCUCAGUGUUUGAGGAUCUCAGAAAAGAUGGAGAAUUGGUUGACAUCACACUCUGCUGUGAGGGGAAGAAGGUCAAGGCACACAGAAUGAUGCUGUCUGCGUGCAGUCCAUACUUCCGUGAUCUUCUCAAGGAAAAUCCCUGUCAGCACCCAGUGUUCUUUCUGAAGGACACGACCUUCAGUGACCUGAGGGCUGUGAUUGAGUUUGUGUACAAUGGCGAGGUGAAUGUCACCCAGACUCAGCUCAGCAGCUUCCUCAAGACUGCUGAGAUGCUCCAAGUCAGGGGGCUCACUGGAGAUGAGGAUAAGGAGUCUGUGCCGGUGCCGGCUUCUCCUCGCGCCCAGCCGCGGCCCUCGCCGGCGGCGGCUCCGCGGACGUUCCCCCGCCCCUCCCCGGCGCCGGUGUCCCGUCCUCCGCCGGCGGCCGUCCGCCGACCGAUGGCGCCGGCCGCCCCACCGCCCCCACCGCCACCGGCACCGGCACCGCCCAUCAACAGCUCCGCGGCGGCGGCGGCACGGACCGCGGCGCCGCCGCCCGAGUCGCCGCCCGUCUCACCGGCCACCAAGCGGCGCCGCGUCCACUCUGGCUCCGGCUCGGGCAGUAACGACGGUCUGGAGACCUCGGCGGCGGCGUCACCGGCCCCCACCACCCCGUCCGGCUCCGACACCGCCCCGCCGCCCGCCGAGGAGCCUGGAGAGCAGCUCAGGAUGAGCUACCCGCACGGCGGCCAGGUCAAGGUGGAGAAGAUCGACAUAGACAUUGCGGAUGAUGAUGAGGACGAUAUGGCGGCGCUCGGACAGGUGGUGGACUAUGAGGAGGGGUACGACUCGAACCAGUCGCUCGGCGCCGUGCCUGUCCCCGACCCCGGCCAAGUGAGCGAGAUGCUGGCGGCAGCGGGACCCUCCUCGGACGGCGGCGCAGGCUCUAUGACAGUGGGACGCCGCGAGACGGGACAGGGCCCGUUCCAAUGCAGCCAGUGCGGCCGCUGCUACCGCCACCAGACGGGACUCGCCAAUCAUACGGAGCUGCACCGUGGCCAGACCCGCUGCCCGUACUGCGCGCGAGUCUACGCCACGAAAAGCUCGCUGAAAUACCACAUAGAACACGUGCAUUCGAGGGAUGGGAACCUCGCAGCGCCGGAGCAGGGCGCUGUUCAGGAGGUUGUAGUGAGAUCGGCUCCUGGGGAUGGGGAAGCCAUUGAUCGGGAGACUCAGAGAGGUGUGUCGGGACGGCGUCCCCCGGCUGGGCCGCCAACCACGGUCCCAGGCAACUGAGCAGGACGCACUCGGAGUUUGGGUCGGCUCUAAGUCGGUGGAUCGGCGGUUUCCGGAGUUGAAGACAGACUGCCUCUGAGGAGACUGGAGGACAGUUCGUGCGGUCGGUGAAUGUUGCGUCACGGGACGCUCCAAGAUGUCAGCUCUCCACCGCUACUAGAUUCGUGAUUUUGGUUCUACUUGGUCGUGAUUUGUACCCGUAGCACGUUCUUAAAUCACAUUCGUGAUUCAGUAUCAGUGCCAUAACUUACCAAGACUCGGUACUAGUGAGACUCGAACUCAGGUGCAGCGAGGCUAGUGUUGUUAACCUGGCUGUAACCACGAGUGUAACUUUACGUUCGUCGUUUUCUUUACCAUCUCAGCCGUGUAACUAAGCUAAGUAAUUCAGGGUGAGCCGAAGACGGUGCAUAUUGCCGUCUAGCGACUUGUGUGUGAACAUUGUGAGGCAACUAAUGUUAUGUAUGUAGGCUAUACUUAUUCAGGAAAUUUUGCGCCCCAGUCCGCGUUGCCAUCUUUUAGUCUGACGUUCCUCGCUAUUUCAUCAUCACUGACGCUUGCUUUUUAUGUUAGAGAUUGGGCCUUAUCUGCUCUUGAUAUUUAAUUUUUUGUGGGGCAUAUUCUCUCAUUGUGCUUAUCGUUCCUAAAGAUGCAUGCUGAUGCUUUCCGUCAGCGAUGUUUUUUUUUUUUUUGGGUACAAGUUCUUAUGAUGGCCUUAUCCAGUUUUUAUUUUUUGGAAAGGGGUAUAACAAAGAUCCAAGCUCACCACGCGCUCUUCGAUCUUUGAAGGUAGGAAUGUUUAGUAUUUUAUCAAAGUCCACCUUUGGUUGAGAAAAUUAUUGGACAUUUGUUUUUUAUGAAUUUUAAUCGCGAAAUCGAGCGAGUUUGAUUUUGCGUUUCCAAGAGGUGCUGUCAGCCUUCAGAGGUCCACUGUCAUCACCACAUUUUCCCCAUGUUGAUUGAGUUCCGAUUUAUUACUUUUCUGCGAUCAUUGGCACUGGCCAACCUCAGAUCGGUUCUAUGAAAAUCCGGGCUGGUUGGUAGUGCUGGUUAAGCAGCAGUUACGGUAUCAGGUCCACUGCCAGUCGCUAUGCUGACAGUUGCUGGUCCGUCUGUCAGACCCGUUGACAGUAUUUCUGUCAGCCCGCCUCUGACAGUCGCCGGUCCGCCUGCCUCUGACAGCGGUCUGUCAGCCCGCCUCUGACAGUCGCCGUGGCCGGUUUCAGGGUUUUAUCCGCAGCCGCUGGCGGACGAGGCUCCACCGCCGGCGGGCACUGAGUGUCACAUCUGUGGAAAACGCUUCAGGUGGUCUGCCGGCCUGCGCAACCACAUGGAGCUCCACCGAGGCCUAACCUCCUGCCCUGUCUGCCAUAAAACAUUUUCAACUUGUCAUAACAUGCGCCUUCACCUGCGGCGCAAACAUAUUGACACAAAGCGGCAUUGAUAAUGCAACUCUAUUGAUGUCAUAAUUGGGAUAAACCCCUUCUGAUUCUGGUUCAUGCUGGAAUGUUGUUUCAUGUUUGGCUUACGCUGUUGGCCAAAGUGCUGGCUAGCAGAAUGAAGUAUUGCGAUGUUGGCUGAUCCCAACUGAAGCUAUCCUCUUUGGUUAGAUAUGCAAAACGCGUUGUGGCUAUUUUAAGAUGGUAAAGUUUUUCCUUUUCAUGCUAACGUUUAGGGUACAUCGUUGGAGCCAUAACGAAAAAAAAAACUUAUUGACAGCCUCCAAUAUUGCACCGAAAUUGUAAAAAGAAUUACGUCAACUUGACUCCUGAAAGUGGACACAAAAAAGACAGCUAGAACACAGAAAGCUCAUCACUUAGGAGGAACUUUAUCGCUCAAAGGUUUCUGCUUAUGUCCAACACUUGAGUUAUGUGUGGCCCGAAAAGUUUUGUCGCAAUUGAGACCCUUUCACAACCCGUUAGCCUCGGCAGCCUAGCCCCCUGUAAAUGUUGCGUUGGGUCACCUUUUUUCCAUGUAGAAUAGUAGAGAACGUAGAGCGAAUGUAAGACCUGAAGUUAAUCACUCAACGAGAAUGCUGAACUAAUGAAUAGAGGUUUGAAAGGUGUCUUGUCUGCAGUUUUUCUCUUUCACUCGUUAGGUCAUGUUUUUCUAAGGUGUUCUCUGUAAUAUAUCUUGCAGUGACGAGUUCUGAUUUCUGGUUUUUGGCAAGGUAGUUGUCGAAAGGCUUUGUAGGAGCGUCCUCCCGUUCGUUCUUUUGCGUUGAUUUUAAUUAGGUGGAUGCUUUUGAAUCAACUUUGUACCUCUCUCGCAACUCAUAUGGUCUCGACUUCGAGUGAAUAAAAGUCUCGUUUUG